UGCCUGUCUCGUGUCGGAACUCUCUUGGUUGGUUGUCCAUUCAUUCAUUCACCCACUGGACUUGGCUCCUGUCUGUCUGUGUAUGUAUGUACCAUGAAUGAAUGAAUGAAUGCACCAACGAACGAUACGACUGACCGAUACGACCUACCUAUAUUAUGACGCCUGUCAGCCAAUCACUCAAUGCCUACGGCCCUCCAGUUGCCUCGUCUUCCUCCAUUAUGGCAAAGUCGGGGUUGGAAAAGAGCUUCUCGAACCGCUUGUCCGUCAGCAGGCUCGAUGCACGCUCAGCGGCAGCGGCAACCUUCUUGGAGGCCUUCCCACCCCCACCCUGCACACACACACACCACGCCACACAAAACCAAUGAUCGAUCAAGGGAGGGGAGAAUGCGCAGUCAGUCAUGUGAGCACAUGCAUAUGAUCCUACCUGUGUGGCGGCCUGGACGGUCUCUUGGAGCCUCGACGCUAGCGCCGCAUUCACCUUGGGCAGAUGAUGCUUGACCUGCAGUGCAGGCAGCCGGGCAGGCAGGGGGCAGCCAGGCAGAUGUGGGUGUCAUUCAUUCAUGUCAGUCAGUCACAAACAUACACGGACACGGCCACACGUAGAGUGCGCACGUGCAGGUCCCACGUCGCAGGCAGAGGUAGGGUAGGUGGCCAGGCCGCGUGGGUGGGGUGACGUGCAGUCAGUGAAAACAUCCACACGUACGUACGUACGUACGUACCUGUAUCCGCAUGGGUUGUUUGUCCUGCAUCUUGUCGCGGAUCCGCUGUUUGCGGUGCAGUUCAUAGGCGGAUGCUGUGGUGGUUGCGGCCUUGAGCUGCGAAUACAGCCGGGCGUCCAUGAAGUACCCGUGCAGGUACGCACGCACCAGGGGCGUGCCCAGUAGGUGAUCCGCACCCAACUGGGCCAGCUGGGCCUGGGUCACGAAGCGGAAGUCCUCAUACAGGGGGUGGGGUGGGCCUUCAUCGCCCUCCACGCCGGGUGCCUGGGAUCCCUCCUCCAGCUCCUCCGUCAGACCGUCCAGGAACGAACACCACCUGGACACACACACAGACACACAGACACACAGACACACAGGGUGGAGUGAUGCAUGCAUCCAUGCAUGCAUCCAUCCAUCCAGCCAGCCAGAGGCAGGGAGGGCACGACACGAAGCGACGGGCACCGAUGUCCUCAUCGUCCGUCCAUGGAGGAUGGGGUGUCCGACUGUGUAUGCUAUGCUGUCCAUCGAUUGUGUCAGCCAGCGGCGGUGCCUGGCUCUUUACUGCGUACUUACGUGGGUGCGAGUCCCAGGGUCGGGAUGAAGUAGAGGCCAAUCCGCCUGUCGUCUCGUGGCACAAACACCAUGCCCGAGUCGGGAUACACGCACACCGAGUUGAAGCUGCCGCCACCUGCUGACUCCACUACAGCCACAGGGGGACUGCUGCUGCUGCUGCCCCCGACACCACCGCCACCCUCCCCAGCAGGAGCAGCAGCUGCAGAGCACACCCUGAGGGUCUGAGCAUCGACGGCCGCCACGAAGAGAGCCUGUUCUGUCCCUGCACCACCAUCGGCGGCGUCACCGAAGUCGCUCGCACGAGCGGCUCUGCCGCGGUGGAAACACUGGACGGCCCGGAUGGCGGCUGAGGUCUUGGUGGCGUGGCUCCAGUAGGGCCGCGAUGACCGGAUGUCGAGGACUUGCAAGAUGCCGUUGACGCACCCCACCGCCAGGCUGAGGCCAUUGCCCGAGAAUGAGAGGGCUGUGGCGCUCCUUCCGUUGGGCAGCUGUGAGGGGUCGAUGGUGCUGUAGAGGUCCACAGUGGAUGCAGGUCGUCUGGUGCUGGCGCGUGUGUCCCAUGCCUCGAUGAUGCCGCCCUCGCCCGCAGUGACGAGUAGCGGCAGAGUCGGGCAGACGGCACAGGCAUUGAGGGCGGCACAGGUGGUCUUGAGCGGCUCCUCAAACACGCCAGUCUCCACAUCGAUCCUGUAGAUGUCCUCCGACGACCCCACCACAUACACCUCGCACGUGUCCGGGUCAUAACUCAUGCAGCGACCCUCCUUGGGCACACGGAUCUGAGGGAGGGAGGUGACACACACACACAGACAGACAGACAAAGGCAUGGUCAGGCAGGCAGGCAGACAGACAGAUUGGGGACUCGAUCUGUAUGCGCUUUGUCUGCUGAUUGUGUGGUGUUUGUCUGUCUGACAGUGAGUCAGUGCCUGUCUGCCCUGCCCUGCCCUGCGCUGCCCUCACUCUGUGGUGCCUGCCUCCCUGGGCGUGGAAUUCGACCCAUCGAUUGAACUCCAGGAGCACCAGCUUCCUGUGUUGGUCGACACACACACAGUCAGCGAAUGAAUGAACACUCGCUUGGCACACACUCCCCUCCCUCCCACCCUCCCAGUCCCCCAUACGAGAACCACAAUCACACCUGGUCUGUCUGCCUGCCUGCCUGCCCUGUACGACGUGUUACCACCGGGUAGGGUGUCUACCUGUAGUCUUGUGAGAGAAAGAUCAAGUCGACGACCUCGCUGUCCACACGACGGUCGAACUUGAGACUCAGCUCAGAUGUCUCGUACACCUUCACCUACACACACACACACACACACACGGACACAAAGCCACCAAAAGGCGGGAGCCGUAGGUGCAUCCAUCCAUCGAUGACAUCAGCCCGCCAGCCCCGCAUGGCAUUGAUUGCCCUUCUACCCUACCGAUGGUGGGUAGAUGCCUGUGGCUGCGAUGAACGAGCCAUCAGGUGACACCUUGACCGACGAGCUCGCCACCGUGAACUCGAAGCUCUGGAGCAGCUCUAUGCGCCGGCGAAACGACGCAUCGCGACUGCACACAUCCGUAUGUAUACAAUAAGUACAACCAAUGUAAUUUGUGUCCAUCGAUUCCAUCCAUCGACAACAAUUAAGGCGUUAGUUAUUGAUGGUGACUGAUGGCUGGCGUCCGUGUUUGUGUUUGUGCUGGUGUGUGUUCUGACCGAAGUGAUUUGUUGUGGCGCUGAGCAUGCUCGACGAAGUCAGGCAGAGACUUGCCGGAGCUGUUUCACAAGGAAGCAGCACACAGGUCAAGGCAGCAGUUUCAAUGAGUUUCCUCACCUGAGAUCAUACACACGAGUACUUCGGCUGACGACCUCCAUGGGCUGAUCUGUGUCUCGA